UUAAACAAAUUUCGAGUAAAUGCAGGUAUCCCAAGGAGAUAUUUCCUCCAAUAAGGUUGGAGCUGAAGACUCAAUUAACUUUAGAUCAUCUCCAAAUUUUAAAAACAUGAAAAAGUUUUUAAAAAAUAAAUUGGACCUUCAGCAACCUUCUACAGAAAAAUGUGAAGCCAAGAAAGAAGUGCAACCACCCCUCCCCUUAGAUCCUCCACCCAAUGAUGAUAUUGAGGCUACAAGCACAAUUAACACAUCUGGAUCUGCAGAUCAUGGUAUAUCCAAAGAAGAAAAUUCUGUAGAUGCUGACUUGAAGAAAGCAAAAGAGACAAUUUGCAGAGAUUUCCUAAGAGGAACAUGCACUAGAAUUGGUUGCAGAUAUGCACACAAGAGUGAUGUGUCACAUGAGGACUUAUACGGUGUUUACACAUUCUGUCGCGAGUACCAGUCACAGGUGUGCGCCCGUGCCCACUGCAGAUAUGUUCAUGCUACCGUUUUCGAAGAGCAAGAAUACUACCGAACUCGCUACUUACCUCCACAUGCAUUUGCACACAUGCUUAACAAGAAUCCUAACAACAAUAAUAAUAAUUUGCUGAUGCCACCGCCUCCUCCACCUCCCCCAAAAACACAACCGCAUCCCAAAUUAAACAAGGAAAGCGUAAACUUCAAUGUGCCACCCCCUCCGCUGCAUAAUGAAACUGCAGCUGUAGAUUGUGUGGCGAGCAAUGCUAUGAAGGUGGUUCCGUCUACAAUAGCUUCUUUGACGAGUUUAGCCCCGCCUGUACAGUCUGCGACCAAACGCGAUUGGACCGUGAUGGAAUCAUUUAGUAAUCCAGGGCGUGGUUUAGAAGCGGAAAUGCAACCACCUAAGAAGUGCAAGCAAUGUAACAAUAUUGAGUUCAGGUAUCAAUACAACAAAGACAAAUUAGAAAAACUAAAGCAAGCGAAGGAGGAGAUACAUAAAAAGAUAGCUAUUCUUGAUAAAAAUAGCGAGAAGUUAAAUACAUUUAUACAAGCAUUACUUAUACGUUCGCUGUCAAAAUCUCCAAACCUGCACGGUUUUAAAGACAAGCUGUCUGAUGUGGUAGGCGCUAUGGCCACAAUACGAAACGACAUACAAGUGUAACGAGAUCGAUCGAUCGAUCGACCUAUAAAUAAUAUUAUAUAUAAGUACACAUCGUCUUUUAAGUUCUACACUGCUAUGGCCGCCGGCAGAGGGGUGCCAGGUGGUGCACUUGCACCCCCUGGAGAACAACAGGAAUUUUUGAACAUUCAA